AUGCCGGCCGAGAGGCGCUCUCUGAGAUCGAACAGCAAGUCGGAUACCUCUUCAUCUGCUAACGGUGAGAAGGGUCGCUCUACUUCACAGAACACCAGCUCCAACAAGGACCAACCGGCGCCCAAUCGCGCCGCUGCCAACAAGGCCAAAUCUACCACCGCCUCGAAAGCCGCCUCGUCGAAUAGCACAGCAGAUUCCGGAAUGGGUGAACAGCGGGACCAGCCGCGGACCAACGGCUCCGACCCGACGAAGAACGGCAUGAAUGGUUCGGAAGAUGUUGAGAUGGGAGAGGAUACGGCAGGUGGGCCUACAUCCUCAUUCACCGCCAGUAAGGAUCGGAAAGGUGACGAGAAGAUGACUGUUGUAGUGCCCCCGACCAAGGGUUCGAGGUUAUCCGGCGAGAAAGCUCCGGACAAUGAAGGCGACAUCGCCAUGGAGGGUGCGGACACCGAGGAGUCCAGGUCAGAGGUUGACCCGAAGGUCAAGGCUGUCCAAGAUAUCAAGUAUAACUUCACAUUGCUUGAGCGAGCUGUCAGCCACUUCGACCCCAGAUUCACUCUCCGCGUUUUGCGUUCGAUAUCGUCCAUGCGCAAGCACAUCACACCAGAUGUGCUGGCAGAAGCCAUCGUCGAGAACUACCCGCCCUCCAACCUGACUGCUUCUUUCCUGUUGGGCGCCAUCGAUCAGACUGGCGCUUUUGACAGUGCUGACGCCAGCUCCAAGAUGGACGUCGAAUCGGAGAAGACUAAGUCGACCCCCAAGGAAAUCCUGCCCGAGAUCGACACUUAUCUCUCUAUUCUUGUUCAGAUCUAUCUGUACGACAAGAAGGAAUUCCAGAAGGGCGCCAAGUUCUCCGCAGAAUUGAUCGAGCAGCUGCGGGCGCUCAACCGCCGCACUCUUGAUUCUCUGGCGGCCCGAGUCUAUUUCUACUACUCUCUCUUCUACGAACAGAUUGCGCCUCUUCCUCCGUCGCCCGCUGCAUCUGUCACAUCGAUUCGCCAGCCUCUGCUCAACGCGCUGCGAACGGCUGUCUUGCGCAAAGAUGUGGAUACCCAGGCGACCGUGAUGACCCUGCUCCUGCGGAACUACCUGUCGACCUCCCACAUAUCGCAGGCGGACUUGCUGAUCUCGCACAACCGGUUCCCCGCGUCUGCCUCGAACAACCAGAUUGCCCGCUAUCUGUACUAUUUGGGCCGUAUCCGGGCCAUUCAGCUGCAGUACACGGACGCCCACGGGCAUUUGAUUGGCGCUACCCGGAAGUCUCCGUCCAGCCACAGUGCACGCGGUUUCUACCAGGCAUCCCAUAAGCUGCUCGUUGUCGUCGAGCUGCUCAUGGGUGAUAUUCCCGACCGGGCGAUUUUCCGUCAGCCUGCGUUGGAGCGUGCCCUGCACCCGUACUUCCUACUGGUGCAGGCUGUGAGCGUCGGUGAUCUGGAUGGAUUCCUGAACAUUGUAAAUACCUACACUGCAACCUUCCGCAAGGAUGGUACAUACACCCUCAUCCUGCGUUUGAGACAGAACGUGAUCAAGACGGGCAUUCGCAUGAUGUCACUCUCUUACUCUCGCAUCUCACUUCGGGACAUCUGCCUUCGCCUUGGCCUGGACAGCGAGGAGUCGGCUGAGUACAUCGUGGCCAAGGCUAUUCGUGAUGGGGUGAUCGAAGCCAGUUUGGACCAUGAGCGUGGCUUCAUGAAGAGCAAGGAGGUCGGUGACAUCUACGCUACUCGGGAGCCCGGUGAGGUCUUCCACGAGCGUAUUAGAGCCUGCUUGAGUCUUCACGAUGAGAGCGUUAAGGCCAUGCGUUUCCCCAUGAACCAGCACCGAUUGGAGUUGAAGAGUGCACAGGAAGCACGGGAACGGGAGCGGGAGUUGGCCAAGGAGAUUCAAGAGGGAGACAUGGAUGAUGAAGAUGCCGUCCCAGCCGCCGGGCUAGUACUAUCGUCUCGCAUUACGACGCCGUCGACCACAACGACAGUUUGCUGGCAAUGCCUCCGAAAUGAUCUCCUCUCUCUUCAGACGCAAGUGCAAACCCGCAAAUAUCAUCCCACCCGCCGGAGAGAUGUCUCUCCAUUCGGGGCGGCCGUGUCGGCGGCCCAGACACUUUUCAAAGGCCUCCCCAAGGCGCCGCCGGGCAUUUCGGUCGACCCAUUGCGCAUGGUCGGCAAGGAGCUCAAGUUCCUGACCAAGAACCUUCGUCAAUUGCUUGGGUCUGGCCACCCGACGCUGGACAAGGUGGCUAAAUACUACACGCGCAGCGAGGGCAAACACAUGCGGCCGCUGCUUGUUUUGCUCAUGUCACAAGCGACAGCGCUGUGCCCACGCAAACCCCAGACUGUCGACUACAACGCGACGGUCAAUGAUCCGAUUACCUCAUCCUCCAUUUUGGUCGACAACAACCCAGACCUCCCCCCUUCGCUGUCCUCCGCGACCUCCAGCAGUAACCCUGAUGCGGCCUACGACUUUGCUGGCGAUGAAAAUAUUCUCCCUACACAGCGCCGACUCGCGGAGAUCACCGAGUUGAUUCAUACCGCAUCUCUACUGCACGACGAUGUCAUCGAUAAUGCUGUGUCGCGCCGCUCCUUCACCUCGGCUAACCUGCAGUUCGGAAACAAGAUGGCUGUGCUGGCGGGUGACUUCAUGCUGGGUCGGGCCUCGGUGGCUCUAGCCCGGCUGCGAGACCCCGAGGUCAUCGAGCUGAUGUCGACCGUGAUCACCAACCUCGUGGAGGGCGAAUUCAUGCAGCUGAAGAACACAGCCGCGGACGAGAAGAAGCCCGUCUUCACGGACGAGACCCUCUCCUACUACCUGCAGAAGACGUACCUCAAGACCGGCAGUCUGAUCAGUAAGUCUUGCCGGUCGACCGCGGUGCUGGGCAAUAGUGUUCCUGCGGUUGUCGAGUCCGCCUACCAAUACGGGCGCAAUCUGGGACUGGCGUUCCAGCUGGUGGACGAUAUGUUGGAUUACACGGUCACCGAGGCCGAGCUGGGUAAGCCCGCCGGUGCGGACUUGGAGCUGGGCCUGGCCACAGCCCCGCUAUUGUAUGCGUGGAAGCAGUUUCCUGAAUUAGGCCCGCUGGUUGGCCGUAAAUUCAGCCAGGCCGGUGACGUUCAGAUGGCUCGCGAACUUGUCCAAAAGGCUGGCGGUGUGGAACAAACCCGCGUUCUGGCCCAGGAAUAUAUUGACAAGGCGAUCGCCGCGCUCGCGGACUUCCCUGACAGCGAAGCCAAGGCUGGUCUGAUUCAGAUGUGCGAGAAGACUAUGAACCGCCGGAAAUAG